CUGGCCACCGCGAUUGGAAGGAAUAAGUCUCCCCGUCUCCUCUGCCGAAAGGGCGCUCCGUCUCGCUGCUGUUUGCGGGGCGCCUGUACCUCCUGCGCUUUGUGCAGCAGGCGCUGGCGGAAGCGACAAAACGCAAACCGCAGCUCUCUAGGGAGAAAAGGCAAGCAAGACGAUCCUUACAGGAGGCAUACAACGUAGACGAAAUACCUAAAACACAGCAAGGACAUGGACGUGUCGGAGCGUGAGCUGGUGAGCGAAUGGCGCCAGUUGUUCAGCUUGCAGCGACUGACUGCUGACACCAUCAUCGAUUACUUGCGGCAAACCGCACGAACCCUAGCACAGCCCCAGAAUCAGUAUGUCGCACCGACAGAGGAAGCAGUCUUCGCACAUGAACCGUACUGGAUCGACGAGCAGCUGUUCAAGAACAAGGUGCAGCACGUCCUGGAGUCAUUCAUCUGCCCGGACGAGCCGGACAAGUACCUGGAGCAUCUGAAAUCAACAGACAACGUUUCAUCCGUGUGCGGCCGGGUGUUCAAGAUCGGCGAACCGACCUACAGCUGCCGUGAAUGCAGCAUGGAUGGCACAUGUGUGCUCUGCUCGUCGUGCUUCAAGAAGUCCUCUCAUCGGGAACAUAAAUACAAAAUGGCGACCUCGGGCGGUGGUGGAUGUUGCGAUUGCGGCGACCCCGAAGCCUGGAAGAAGGAUCCGGUGUGCGAUGAUCACAAUCAAUCCCGUGCGGAGCAGGAUGCGGCGAAUCGUGAGGCAACGCCACUGCCCGAGCCGAUCCAACAACGAUGCAAGCUCGUAUUUCGUGCCAUUCUGGACCACUGUAUGCGCGUGCUGCAGGUACACGGCGAUUUCAGCAUGACCGGGCUGGACGACGACGAAAACACCCACUGCACCAUACUCUACAACGAUGAAACGCACACGUUCGAACAGGUUAUCCAGACUCUAACGUCGAUUGUGAAGUGUUCGCAGAAGGACGCCGUCGCGUACGUGACGAGUAUCGAUCGCGAUGGGCGGGCCGUCGUCAAGUGUGCCCAGUUCGAUGUAUGCUGCAAGCUGAAGGAUGAUAUCGAGAGCAAGGCCAUACGGUCGUCGAUGGGCACUAAGCCUUCGCCGCUCAAAGUGACGGUGCUGCACCGCGAUGAGGUAGCCUGUCAGCACCUCGCCAUGCAAAUCCUGAACUGGAUGCAGGACUUCCUAACGAUCCACAGUACGUUCCGCGCCAUUCUUGUGGAAGAAUUUAAUUUCCCGUCGACGUCCUAUCUGCGCCUGAUCAUGAUCAACGACCAUAAGCUGUGGAAGUCGGCACGCACCUGCUGGCACCGGCUGCUCAUCGCCGGAAUGCUGAUGGAAUACGAACACAAGAAGGAGCUCGCGAUCGCCUUCACGCGCCUGUACACCUCGCUGAUGCAGGACUUUAUCCGCGACGACCACUACCAUUCGUUCUCGAUCGUGUCACUGAGCGUACAGCUGUUCACUGUACCCUCGAUCGCGCACUAUCUGAUCGCGCACGAGUCGGCCUUCUUCAAGCUGAUGCACACGUUCAGCACCGAGGCGAUCGAUCGGCAUGUCAAGCAUAAUAUGCUCCAGUUUCCCAAAAACACGUCCUCGAUGAACGUGUUUAAGCGGGCCGCUUACAUCCUGGUCGAUCUAAAGUAUCUGCUCAAUUUCCCGCCCGAGGAGAGCAGCUGGACGCAGGAACUGCGCGGUGGCUUCCUGCACGGUGUUCAGAUUCUGAUUCGGCUGCUCAAGUGUAUGCAGGGCAUGGACUCGGCGACACGCCAGAUCGGGCAACAUAUGGAGUACGAGCCGGAAUGGGAGACCGCCUUCACACUGCACCUGAAGCUGUCGCACAUGAUCACGCUCGUGCUCGAGUGGUGCGCCACCGAUCGGAUCGUGCUGGUGAAGGUGUACCGGAUGCUGCUAACCGCGCUUACGGAGGCGAAGUUUAACGUACAGUCGAGCGGUGUCGUGAUGCGCGAGGUGGCUGAUCACAGUGUCGCCUGUUUCGCGUACGACGUUUCGCAAAUGCCGGUAUCGGUACACCUGCCACUUACGCGCCUCUUCGCGGGCCUCUAUCUGGAGAUGGAGCGCUACGGGCUCACGUACGACACGAUUGCGCCGAACAUUCCCGAGCGCCCGACACCAGAGCAGAUCAUCGAGCCAGUGCUGUGCGCCCGCACCAUGAUGUCGCAGGUGUUUGCCAAUAUGUGGCGUCGGAAUGGGUACGCGCUGCUGAAUCAGCUGUACUUCUACCGCAGUGUCAAGUGCCGGUACGAGAUGCUCGAUCGGGACAUCGUAAUCCUGCAGAUCGGUGCCUCGCUGAUCGAGGCGAACGAAUUUUUGAUCCACGUGCUGAACAAGUUCAAGCUGCUGCACUGGCUGGCCAACGAUCAGCCGGAGACACCGCGCCGACUUUCCGAGUCCACGAUGGAGGAGGAUCACGUGCGCCAGACAAUGUUGAUGGCAGACGAGGUGCUCGAGCUGCUCAUCAUGAUUGUUAGCGAGCGGUACGUGCCAGGGGUCGGUGCGGUCACCGACAAUGAUCGCAUCAAGAAGGAGGUCGUGCAGCAACUGUGCAUUAAUCCGUUAUCGCAUUCCGAGCUUACUCGGGCCGUUAGCGAGGAGAAGUACAGCGAGACGGCCAUCGAAACGGUGUUCGAGGAAGUGGCCGUUUUCGAGCGACCGACGGCAGCGGACAAGAAGGGUGUCUAUCGCCUCAAGCCGGAGUAUUACAGCUGGUACAACCUCUUCUUUUACCACUACUCCAAGGAGGAGAAGUCCAAAUCGGAGGAGAUGCAGCGCAAUCGGCGCAAGGAGCAGAAUGAGCUGGUCUGCUGUCCACCCCCCGUUCUGCCGAAACUAACCCAGCCGUUCAGCAUCAUACCGAACCUGCUGCAAUGCGACGUGAUGCUAGAAAUCAUGAAUGUGGUGCUGACGCGCGCUCAAGACCUGAAGUCCAUCACGUUCUCCGAGGGUCAUCUGCAACGGAUUCUGCACCUUAUUGGACACGCCAUUCAGGAGGAGGAAACCGGAUACUAUCCGUAUCUGAAGUUUGGUGAGCGGUGCCGUAAGAUCAACUUGCUGGGCAAACUCGAAGAAUUGGUUCGAAGUCCGCGGGUUGAAUCGCAACGCGAUUUGCUGCAGUGGGUUAUCCAGCGUUACAAACAGCUGGACGGAAACCAGACCAGCGAGGCAUCGAACACAAAGGCCAGCCAGGAGGAAGGCGGUGGUACACCUUCCGCCGAAGCCGAGCAAAUCGAAAAGCAGCUGCGAGCGAAAAUGGUGGCCGAGCGGCGCGCCAAGGCGAUGAAAGAUAUGAUGAAGAUGCAGCAAAAGUUUUGGGACUCGCAAGCAGCCGAGUUUGAGCGCGAGUGCGCGCAGGCGACCGUGUCGGCCGACGACGAUCAGCCGCAAGAGCAAAAAAUGGACUGGAUGCCAUCCACCUCCACCGCAACCUCAACCGCAACCUCAACCGCAACCGCAACCGCAACCGGACAGCAAUCAAUCGGUGGCGACCCAGACGCCGUACUAGCGCCGACUGGUGAAGUGAAGGUGGUUCCCAGCACUCCCGUCUGCAUGGGCCCGAACCGCUGGACGGAGCGUGUGGCCGAGGGAAAGGUUGACAUACGGCACACCUGUAUCCUCUGCUCGGAGGAUUCAAUACUGGAAGCGCGUUCGACCAACUGUCUGGUGUAUGCCGCGUUCGUGCAACCGUCCUCCGUUCUGUCGCGCUACCAGCACGUAAACGAGGAGGGCAAGCUCGAGUACAUCGAAGCAGACAUCCAUCCGUCGCCACACAUCACUACCUGUGGGCACGUAAUGCACGCGAACUGUUUCGAGAAGUACUUCAGCAACGAGGUGAUGAAGGAGAACCGGCGCCCGUACCGCAAUCGUACUCCGGUGUUGUUCGAUGUGGAGAAACACGAGUUCCUGUGCCCGCUGUGUCGCUUUCUCAGCAACUGUCUGAUUCCGCUCAUCCCACCGCUCGACUCGGUUCGCUGCAUCCCGGGUGGCCUGAAGGAUCCGGCGCUGCACGAGGCCCAACGCCGGGUACCGGAGCAGUUCGACUUCCCGACUUGGUACGCCUUCAUGUCAGACUUUCUCGACCUGAUGGCGGAACAGCAACUCACGGAUGAACCAACCAAACCGUCGGUGACACCGACCCCGCCCCAGCAGCCCAGACGGCGCCCCGGUCGCUCGGCCGAGCUCGAACAUGAUGAUUUGACGAUCUAUCCAGAUUUUUCCGACGAUGACGUGCUAAUGGAAGGUGAAGCUGGAGAACCGCCAGCCGGCGAAGGAGACGGCGAUGACGAUGACGGUGAACCGUCGGUUGCACCAUCGACCGGUGUGUUUGCGGACGAUUUCUCACCCGCCACUGGUAACAUCUUUGCCGAUUACGGGAUGGAUGAACCGGAAGGGGACGGGAAGCUGCCGACCAACCACUACGAUACGAUAUACGGUGACAUCCCGUGGUUCGAACUGGCGCGGGAACCACUCCGUACAGCCGUGCUGGCCAAACUGGAAGAGCGCCAUCCGACCAUCCAGCUUACGCCGGCACACUGGACCAACGCACUAGAGCUGCCCCGGGCGUGCAUCAGCACACACGUCUCGGAGUAUCUGCGCAAGCUGAGCUGUACUGUCGGCGAGCUGAUAACGCUACCGCCGCUGACGAAACAUUUCAAGGACGAGCUGGCCGUGUGGAUGUCGUGCUCGUACACAAUCAAAUCGCUCGAGAUGCUGCUGCGUGUGAUGGAGCGCCCGCUGGGGUCCGAGCUAUCGAUCCGCCACUCGAGCUGUCUGCGCGGUCUGGUGCGAGUCUCGUGCGUACUUAGCUCGCAGGUUAUGAGCAUCGGCUUCCAGCCCAGCCUAAUCACCUACAUGCUGGACAUUUAUGAGCGCCUGUUCGGUCGCAAACCGUCACAGUCGUUCCUGGACUGGGACCUGUUUGGAAUUCUGAAUACCUGCCUGUUCAUGACGCAUCGCGUGCUGUUCUACUCGCUGCUGGACGGACAGGUGCCGCGCGGCAACAUUAUCGAUCAGUCCAUCGUGCAGGCGGUGUUCCUGAUCAACGUGCUGCGCACCCUCGUCACCUCAACGUGCAGUUCGGAUGACUCGGAGCCAAUGUCGGACCCGGAUGUGAUACCGUCGACGAUGGAAGUCGAGGAAAGCGAAGAGAAUCUGCAGGCCAUACGGAAUCUUGCGGCAAUGUACCGCCAGUACAAUCUGUACUAUGAUCCGACUGUUGCCAGCAAUGGUUCUGCCGCCGCCGCCGCCGCUGCCUCGACAGAAGAAGACAUGAAGAAGGCUGGGAAAGACGGAGAGUGCACUGCCUGGGAGCGUAAGUUGGCUGCGCGUCUGCUGCGUGACAUUCGGAUCCGCAGCCAGACACUACUUCGCUGUUGCUGUCUGCUAUUCCACGGUAUCACAGACAUCGAGCUGCCCAAGUGUAACGACGAGGUAGAGCACGAUUUCUCGCUUAUGGUCACGUACCUUGGCAUCGAGUCGAACCCGUUGCGCUUCUUCGACACGCCAAGCCCCGCGUACGCCUUUCUCCGCCGAGUGGCCGACUGCAACGUGGCACAGAUUCACCGUAUGCGGCAGGCACGCGAGAUGCAGCUGCUGACCGGUUCGUUGUUCCGCGCCGAACCCAUCGUGCGGCAGCUGAUUGACCUACCGGACGACUACAGUGAGCUGAUCAAUAGCAUCUCGAACUACACCUGCCCGAACAACAUCCGGGACGAUUCGCGCAACCCGACCAUGUGCCUGGUCUGCGGUGAAGUGCUGUGUUCGCAGGGCUUCUGUUGCCAAAAGGAGCUGGGCAAGAGCUCGGUUGGAUCGUGCACGUACCACUCGCAUGUGUGCGGUGCCGGCAUCGGUAUCUUUCUGCGCGUGCGCGAAGCCGAGGUUCUCAUUCUCGGCAUCCACAAGGGCUGCCUAAUGCCGGCCCCUUACCUGGAUGCGUACAGCGAGACGGAUCAGGGACUGCGCCGUGGUAACCCGUUGCGGCUGUGCCGGGAGCACUACCGGAAGCUGCAUCUCAUGUGGCUCAGCCACGGUUUGCACGAAGAGAUCACUCGACGCAACGAGGCACAGCAAACCAUCUUCCCCACACAGUGGCAGAAUCUGUAAGACACGGAGGUGGAGCAGGUUGAAGCCACCCACAGGCUGGUUGCGGAGCGGAGCGGUGCAAACAUUAAGCACUGAGGCAAAAUGAAACUGUUUUAGUUGUAUUUUGUUUGAGUGUGUUGGCGUAUGCCCUGUAGAGACGAGCCGCUACGAAGGAGCCAGACCACUUCGCAACUAGCAUGUGGAUGACUUGCGCAGCGCACAGGUGCAUCACAGACAAACACAUUACAGCGCCCCUAGCAGACAGCGAGAAUUUCCCGAGAAAAGAGAAUUGAGAAUGUCAAAGGACAAAAUUUGUAUGGGAAAUUCUCGCUGUCGCUCUAGAAGCUCUGUUAGACAAGCAACCCCAAUUUUCUAUCCGCCCCAACUAACGACGACGACGUGUCGCGUAUAGCUAAACAUGUGAUUGCGGUUCGAGAAGAUUGAAUGAAGGCAAUGGUAGAGAAUAGGUGAUAGGUGUCAUAACUGAACACAAGCACAUAACUGAACAUUUGGACAGUAGCACAGUGAGAAACAGAAAAAGAGAAAGGUAGCGCUGAAGUGGAGCCCCCGUAAACACACUCCCAUAAUUGGUGCGUUGCCGAUUUGCUUCCUAGAGUGUGCCGCAAUCGAAGGCCCUCCUGAUUUGGGGCAAUGGAGGAUUUCGUAAGAGAAUUUCAAAUCCAAUCACCCAUCACAGCGCCCUUUGCUUCACUAUAUUCAUUGCCAGGCUCUACGCAAUGGUUAUUCCUAUUUUACGUUUUAAUUCGUUUGUUCGUUUGUUCAUUCUCAUAUUUUACUCAUCCAAAGCGACGUUGAAAACUGUAAGAAGAGAGUGUGGGAAAUGGAAUUGCUGGCUGCUGUCCCAAAACGGUUAACCAAAAGCGAUGGUUUCGCUGUUGCCAGUGAUGCUUUGGUGGUUGCUCUGUCCAUUUGUUUCGUUUCCAUCUCUCUUUUAGCUAGCUUACACUGGUUGGUUUUGAAACAACGCAGAAGAACUUGUACAGUUGGUUCUUGUUUUCUUUUUCUUUAAGUUUUUUUUUGUUUUUGUUUGUAGUAUGUAGAUGAAAAACAUCUUCCUUGCAUAAGAUGAAGCUAAAGGAAGUUAGCAAUGCAAGCAACAGAAUUAGGUUGCCCUGUAGAACUGUGGAAUCGAUGGCAUUGAGGAAUGGAGAAUGGUAUGAAGUAGAAACAAUGAAGCUGGAAAGCAGGCACAACAAAAUAGAAGAUUACUGGGAGUGGCUGUAAUGCGGAGAAGAGUAGGAAGCUCUCAGGAUAAGACGAGCACUGUAAGAUGGUCUCUAGACAGGCAAGCCGUAUAUAUACGCAAGCUAAGCGUAUGAGACCAUCUAAGAGGAAGACAGCUGGCGUGGAGGAGCAAAAACGCGUGUGCUCGCGCUCGCCGUUCCCUUCCAGUUUAUUAUCUACUUCGAUAGUUUGUUGUUCGGAGUACACGCGAAUAGAAUUUUGUUAAGUGAAGUCAAGGCGUUAUAAACCUAUAUAUCUAGCCAAAGGAAGAGAAGCGGAAACACGGGCCCGAUCGCUCGCAUCGCUCAAGUACGGCGUAGAAGCACUAGCAGCAGGAGCAGCAGCAGCGGCAGCGGCGCAUGCUUGUGAUUUGGCUGCCAAAUGAGGAAAAAGUGUAAAAUGGCCCAUUAGAACUGAAAUUUGGAAAAUGAUUAGUUUAGCGGAUCAAUGGGAUCAGGAGCUCUGGUGCAACUAUUUCGUCGCACACGACAUCGAGGGCAGCUAUAGAGGAAAUUGCCCAAACUCCCCACCCCCAUCCAACAUCACAAUUUUGAAGCGUGACCCUUUGACACCGCGUGCACAGAGACGGACCAUCACCACCCACUGACCCGCUUAUCGUUCCUUUAAUUUUUCCUUACUUAGUCCCUAGUAUUAAUCUCUUUUUUGUUGGUUUGAACUCAAUAAGGCGCAGACGUUAUCCCGAAACCGAAAUAACAAUGAUAUUUACAUGUGCGAUACAACAACAAAAAUAUACCAAUGCGAGGGCGCGCCUGAACUAACUGCUAA